UGAGCGUGCCGUAUUUGGCGAACGAGUAUCCGCAAUCGCUCUUGUUGAACCGCGUGUACAGUGGGUCUACCUAUCCCAGGAGUAGUCUUCACAUUACUUGUAUAGUUGGAGGGAGUUGUGCUGUUUUUCUUACAACUGCUGACAUAGUUAACCGUUGUUCAGUGAACAUCUCGUCAACCACAAUCGCCCAUUUUCAUUACUAAGCUUUCGAAACGUUAUAGACGAAGUGAUCAGCAAAUAUUCGUAAAGGAAAUUAAUGUUCAUUCAAUUUCAAGUGACUAUAGUAUAGACUUGUCGACGCGUUGGUGGGGAGCAUUUUUUUUCUUACCAAAAUUCUAAACGUUAUGUAACAUCGCGAAUUUGAGACUAAAUAGUAGUUAUUCUACAGUACUUGGAAGACGUUGGCCAAGUCAUUUAUUCCUUUUACCAAUACUAGUAUUAGUUGGUGUUGCCGUUAGUGUUAGGCGUUAACUAGAUCGUUUGUCAUUUCGUCAAUAAUUACAACAAAUUAGCGAUUAGGUCACGUUAACAGUUCUUUGAGUUAUUUUCGCUUAAGAUACACCGUUGAGAGACAAAAGAAGAUGGAAUUACGUGUGGGGGGCUAAGAAAUGAAUAUACCGUUAUAAUUACUUGGAUUUGUGUUACCUGUACUUUGAAUCAAUUCAACGCUAACAUCAGUUGUACCUGUGUCACACGCUAAGCCUAAUUUCUCUUUGGGCUACAACAUUGCUCUUCAGGUGUGUUAUGUAUCCUGCUAGACAUCCGGUCAGUUCAGCAGCACUCCCUGUUGCGGGACCCCCGCCACAGGCCGGGCAACCUUUUAAAUUUACUGUUGCCGAAUCUUGUGACAGAAUAAAAGAAGAAUUCAGUUUCUUGCAAGCUCAAUACCACAGUUUAAAAAUAGAGUGUGAGAAAUUAGCCAGUGAAAAGACAGAGAUGCAAAGACAUUACGUAAUGUACUAUGAGAUGUCAUACGGGUUGAAUGUUGAAAUGCAUAAACAGUCUGAAAUCGCCAAAAGGUUAAAUUCUAUCAUUGCCCAGGUAUUACCCUUCUUAUCUCAAGAGCACCAACAGCAGGUGGCCUCAGCGGUGGAGAGAGCCAAACAAGUCACUAUGACGGAUCUAAAUGCCAUAAUAGGGCAUCAGAUGCACACACCACAGUUUCCUCCACAUGCACAUCCUCCUUCAAUUCCAAUGAUGUCUUACGCAUCGGCAGCGGCCAUGGCUGGUUUCCCGCCACCCGCCAUUCCACCAACUAGUGCAGCCGGCCUGUUAGCUCUCUCGAAUUCACUUGCAGGCGGAGUGCCUGGCUCGCAUCUGUCGGCGGCAUUAUCAUCAGCUAUGUCCAUUUCUGGUGUGAAGGACCACAAAGAAGAUAAACGAUCCAAUAGCGCUCAUAGUUCUGACGACAGACCCAGACAUUCAGUUUCACCAAAUGAGAGAGAAAAAUACAGAAGCAGAUCUCCAGAUUUAGAUCAUGAAUUGAAAAAACAAAAAAAAGAAGAUAAGCUUUUGGGAUCUUUACAUGAGAGUGAUGAAGAUAAAAGUGACCAGGAGCUGGUGGUUGAUGUUGCUGAGGAUUCUGUAGGAGCACUAAAUGGAGUGUCCUCUCCUUGUGAGAAUGGAACAGAAAAACCAAUUAAGAAAGAGCGUGGCAACCUCAGUCCUCACAACAGUUUAUCAUCCAGUGCUAGCAUGUCUUCAUCAAAGCAUAAAGAAGUUAGUAAAAGCUCAAAACCCAUCAGUCUUGCUUAUCAAGGUGAAAAGUCCACUACUCCUAUUCCAAAAUCAAUAACUCCUACAAGCUCUGGUGGCAAUACUCCUGGAUCCAGUGGAUUGAAAUCUGUACCCAAAGGUCUACCACUUGGUCUUUCAUAUCCUUACUCUCUGCAUGGUAAUCUUGCUGGAUCUCAUAGUUCGUCCCCAGCAGAUCUCAGCUCCAAUGCUCCAUUUUCUCAGAGCAUGUUAAACAACAAUAUUUCCUCAUCUUUGAAUUCCUAUUCCCGUUCAGUGGUUGGAAGCUAUGAUCCACAUUCUGCAAUGAGGAAUGCUGCUGCUUUUGGUCCUGCAUCAGGUGGGAAACCCAGGACUUAUUCUUACCAUGUCAGUGCUGAUGGCCAAAUGCAGCCCAUUCCCUUUCCUCCAGAUGCACUAAUUGGUCCAGGAAUUCCACGACAUGCUCAUGCAAUAAAUACGCUCAGUCAUGGAGAAGUUGUCUGUGCUGUAACUAUUAGCAGUCCCACCAAGUAUGUUUACACAGGUGGAAAGGGUUGUGUGAAAGUAUGGGACAUAACUCAGCCUGGAAGUAAAAGUCCUGUGUCUCAGCUUGAUUGCUUGCAACGUGACAAUUAUAUUCGAUCCUGCAAACUCUUGCCCGAUGGCCGGACUCUUGUUGUAGGAGGUGAAGCCAGUACCAUUUCCAUUUGGGAUCUUACUGCUCCAACACCUCGUAUCAAGGCAGAACUGACAUCCAGUGCUCCUGCUUGUUAUGCUCUUGCUAUCAGUCCUGACUCUAAAGUCUGUUUUAGCUGCUGUAGUGAUGGAAACAUUGCAGUAUGGGAUCUUCAUAAUGAAAAACUUGUUAGGCAGUUUCAGGGACAUACAGAUGGUGCAAGUUGUAUAGAUAUAUCCAGUGAUGGAACUAAACUAUGGACAGGAGGAUUAGAUAAUACUGUCCGUUCCUGGGAUCUCAGGGAGGGACGACAACUGCAACAACAUGACUUUACAUCCCAGAUUUUCUCUCUUGGCUACUGCCCUACUGGAGAUUGGUUAGCAGUGGGCAUGGAAAGUAGUAAUGUUGAAGUGCUACACUGUUCCAAGCCAGAUAAAUAUCAAUUACACCUACAUGAAAGCUGUGUUUUGUCCUUGAAAUUUGCCUACUGUGGAAAGUGGUUUAUUAGUACUGGUAAAGAUAACCUCCUGAAUGCUUGGAGAACACCAUAUGGUGCCAGUAUCUUACAGUGCAAAGAGACCUCAUCUGUGUUAAGUUGUGACAUAUCAUGUGAUGAUAAGUACGUUGUAACUGGAUCUGGUGACAAAAAAGCAACAGUGUAUGAAGUAAUUUACUGAUUGAAGACAGUUAUUUGUCUUGGUAGCAUGGAGUUCUUUAUAAAUAAUGAGUGUGACAGUUCUGUCAGAGAAAAGGAUAAACUUUUCUACUCAGGAAUCAAGAAAGAUUUGAUUAGAAGUACUUUAUGAAAAGUGGAUUAGAAAUCCAUCAAGAUUUUUUUUGCAAAACAAAAAUAGAAAAAAAAGAAGAUUUAGGAGCCUGGUGUAUUGUUGGAUGUGGUGCAUGUGUUUCCAAUAUAUGAAAAAGGUGUUUUAUCAAUUGUGAAACGUCUUUUAUAUAUAUAUACCAAAGAAAUGCCACUUUUUGAUUGUGUAUUGGGCUCAAAUACUGAGAACAUGAAGAUUAUCUUUGAAGAAGAAUCUCAUCUGAAUCAGAUGGGGAUUUUAUGGUAAGUUCAAGCUGAGAAAUUCUCUGUUGUUUAUUUAUUGUGGUUAUCUGAAACGACAUUCCUAUAUAGGGUCUCUCAGUUUUGUAAAUGAAGUUAACAGUUUCAAGUGGCACAACAUGUUAUUUAUACAUGGCACGUUUUCAUGUGAAAUAAAUAUUUUUAUUUCA